AUGGAUGCUAGUGCGGGUUUAUCUCUCGGGUUGAAUGCGAAUGCGAAUGCUUCCUCGCCGUCUCAUACUGGUUCAUCAUCUGCUUCACUCAGUGACGGUUCUUUUUCGUUGCAUUUGAGUUCCAAAUCGAACUCUUCUCUGUCAUGGCGGUUACUUCAUGAGAAACAGAACAAUGUUGUUGUUGUGAAGAAACAAGAAUUAGAAGAGGAUGAUGAUGAUGGAGUUGUUGAUGGUGAAAAAAGUGAAACUAUUGACUUUAUGGGUAGACCUAUGUGUUUGAAGAGGAAAAUCGAGGGGUAUCAUCAACAAGAGGAACAGAGUUUUUCGUUGAAGCGUGUUGCGGUGGAUUCUAAGGCUUCGGUGAGUUGGGGGAAUCAGCCGCUGAGUGUUGCUGAUCCUGAGAUAUUCAUGAUUAUGGAGAAGGAGAAGUUGAGACAGUUUAAAGGAAUUGAAUUGAUUGCUUCUGAGAAUUUUGUGUGCAGGGCAGUGAUGGAAGCGCUUGGUAGUCAUUUGACUAAUAAAUACUCAGAGGGGAUGCCGGGUGCUAAAUACUAUACUGGUAAUCAGUACAUUGAUCAGCUUGAGUUUCUGUGUUGUGAGCGUGCAUUGAAUGCUUUUGAUCUUGAUUCGAAUAAAUGGGGUGUUAAUGUUCAGCCUUAUUCUUGUACUUCUGCUAAUUUUGCUGUUUAUACUGGUCUUUUGAAUCCUGGUGAUAGGAUUAUGGGUUUGGAUUCACCUUCUGGUGGACAUUUGAGUCAUGGUUUUUAUACUCAUGGUGGGAAGAAGGUUUCUGCAGCAUCUAUAUUUUUUGAGACUUUGUCUUAUAAGGUUAAUCCUAUGACUGGUUACAUUGAUUAUGAUAAGCUUGAGGAGAAAGCAGCAGAUUAUAGACCAAAAAUUCUUAUCUGUGGGGGUAGUUCUUAUCCUAGAGAAUGGGAUUAUGGAAGGUUUAGGAAGAUCGCUGAUAAAUGUGGAGCUGUUUUGAUGUGUGACAUGGCUCAUAUUAGUGGCCUUGUUGCUGCUAAGGAAGUUGCUUGUCCAUUUGAUUACUGUGAUAUUGUUACCUCAACAACCCACAAAAGUCUUCGAGGUCCAAGAGGUGGCAUCGUCUUUUACAGAAAAGGAGCAAAACCAUCGAAGAAAUGUUUUGUUCUUAAUCACGGGGAUGAUAAUAGUACUUAUGACUUUGAGGAGAAGAUAAACUUUGCUUUAUAUCCAUCGUUACAAGGAGGUCCCCACAAUAAUCACAUUGCUGCUCUUGCCAUAGCUUUGAAACAAGUUGCAACCCCAGAGUAUAAAGCAUACAUGCAGCAGGUUAAAAGAAAUGCACAGGCAUUAGCAACUGCAUUGUUAAAAAGAAAAUGUAGAUUGGUAACGGAUGGGACUGACAAUCAUCUUUUGCUCUGGGAUAUAACUGCACUCGGAUUAAUUGACAGAAACUAUGAGAAGGUCUGUGAGGCGUGUCACAUCACUCUCAAUAAGUGUGCUAUUUAUGGCUCUAUUUCUUCUGGAGGAGUGAGAAUUGGCACUCCUGCAAUGACAUCACGAGGCUGUUUAGAGGAGGAUUUUGACACCAUAGCCGAUUUUCUUCUGAGGGCAGCUCAGAUUACCAGCAUUAUACAGAGGGAACAUGGUAAAUCAUGCAAGGGUUUUCUGAAGGGUCUUCAGAAUAAUAAAGAUAUUUUUGACCUCAGAAAUCGGGUUGAGACAUUUGGUUCCCAGUUUGAAAUGCCAGGAUUCAACAUUUGA